CAUUGAACUUUAUCCACCCAAGAAGUAACAUCAAAUAUUUCGACAAGAACUGCGCACACCAAAAAGGACUUAAGAACAAGGAACCGUUACCAAAAUGUGGACCAUUAUAUUCAUUAUUGGCCUGACAUCUGUCAGUGCGCAGCAACCCAGGCCAGGGCCGGGUCAAGGUCAACAGGGCCAACAGGGACAAGGCCAACAACAACAACAAUUCAACUCUCCUUGCCUGGCCUCUUUCGACCAAGUUUUCCGGAAAUGUUUUAUUGACAGCGGAAACUUUCAGCUGGACAUCAUUUUCUCCCUCAUUACCAACGGAACUAGUGGACCACUCCCACAGGGCACAACUAGAGCCUCCUUGCUCCCGAGACUGUGCUCGAUUAGAACAAAUGUGGAGACUUGUGUAAAUCCACUUCCAGCAGGAAUUGCUCAACGACAGCAAUGUACGGACAGAGAACAGCUUAUGAUGAAUUCAACAAUUCAGUCAACAUCACGUGCUGUUGCCUCUCUUUGCGGAGUGGAACCUGAGAUGCCGGCCUGUCUUGGUAAAUUUGACGCCCGAUUUAAGGCGUGCAUGGGUCAAAACCAGGUCAACGACGACUAUUUCUUCAAGUUACUGGGCAAUACUACCGAGGGAUUACAAAUGACAUACGACCAGCUAAAAAACAUGACUUGCGUUCUCCAGACCCAGAAAACCAUUGUCAACUGUGCGUCAACUUCACUGCAGCAACUGAAUGGAGAAUGCACCCAGCAGGAACAAUACAUGGUGGGACAGACCCUACAGAAUAUGAUGGCUUCCUACCAGGGCGUUUGUUCCGGCCGACCUCUCAUGCCAAGACCUCCUCCUCCCCCAGAGUGUCUCAUGAAGUUUGAAAAUGACCUAGAUAAGUGUUCAAGGGACAGCACUACCCUCGGUAUGGGCGAUAUGAUGAUGCUCCUCACCCAGGGGACGGUACCAGCAGGCAAAGACCCUAACCAAAUGAACGGAACCAUUUGCAAAAACCAUAAAGAUUUCGAGGUAUGUGGUAAAAACGCUAUAAAGGCCACGACUUGUAAAGGGAGAAAUCUUCUCAUCGCCGAGGGCACAUUCGCCAAUAUCUUCAUCACUAUUGGAGCCUACUGUCACGACACUUCAAUGCCUGGAGCAUGUAUGCUGACUCUCCAGUCUCAAUUCGCAAAAUGUUUCGGUGAGGUUGGUCUGGAUGAAGCUAGCUAUGUUGGAAAUGUAACUGCCCACAAGGGGGCGCUUCUAGGUUCCACUAAACAAGCCGCUCAGACAUAUUGUGGCAAGCGAAAAGAACUGUACGUCUGUAUGAAGAAAGUGAUGCACCGUUGUCCAGGAGCCGAGCAGACCAUGGCACUGACCGGGUUUGACCUUGCUUCUAUGGAGAGAGCCGUGAAUGUGUUGUGUUCUGAUAUCGAUGAGUAUCUUAUCGGUCUGAAGUGCUUCGCUAAACCAACACCUAAAUCGGUCGAGUGUAUGACAGAUAUGGGAGAUUCAAUCACAUCCCUCUCUCAAAGAGAAAUGGCACGUGGCCUUUCUCUUAACAACUUCUUCAACACAUUUUGCGACAUCCGUGUUAAACACGUGGAGUGUGAUACCAGUGCUUGGACAUCGUGUGACCCCAAGGCUGUCGACUUGAAGAGGAAGUUCGAAUGCCACCUCAUCCCAACCAAGUGUCAUCAGCUUAACGCAAAGGAUGUGGAUAAAAUCUGCCCAGUGGCCUCCCAAGUGAAACCUCACCUCUGCGUUGAUGAUAUGAAAGAAGGUAUCAAGAAUUGUAUCGCUAAAUAUAAUAUUGACCCGGAAGUAUUUCUGGUGAACGUGACCCACGACAGGAGUAAAAUGAUCGGUGAUCCUUCGAACGCCAGGAAAUUAUGUCGGGAUAAGGCUGAGGUAUACAGAUGCAUGCACCAAACUCUGGAUAAAUGCGCAGGCGCAGUUGAGCUUCUGGAACAUUGGGGUCACCAACAGGACAAAGUACAGAAUGGCAUCGAUCUACUGUGUGAUAACUUCGACAGCUACGUCGCUGGUUUUGAAUGUUCGUCACAAUCCGGACCGUCUGUCAGGUCUUGUAUCAGCAAAUCGGAAAAUAGCAUGACACAGCUUGUGUCAAAACACGGAGGAAUGGAAACAUCAAAAGAUGCUGGAUACUUCAAACAAUUCUGCGCAAUCAAGAUGGAACAUCUUCAAUGUGACCUGAGCGCAAUGAAGUCGAAAUGCUCUGAGGGUAUAAUGGGUCUGAAGACAGAAUUUGAGUGCACUCUUAUUCAGGAUCGAUGUAUUGGAGCAGAGAGGAACAGUGUUGCUUCUGUCUGUAACGAAAACAAUUACGCCAGGGCCGCCCGGAAGACGGUAAAACCCGGAAUCACAGGCAACUCCAAAGAUCCAAAUGGUGCCAGCGCCAUGUCCUCAGUUUCGUACUUUACUGCUGUUAUUGUUGCUUUUGGAAGCGUGGUGUUGUCUGUGUUGUGAAGGACUAAUAUGGUAACGAUAUAAAUAUGAAACUGGCUAAAUUCAAGGACAUGCAAGUGCGCAUAAGCCUUGUCUUGCAUUUGUUUCGGAAAAGUUUUUAACGGGUUUUAAAAUAUUAUGUUAUGUUGGAAAUUCAAUCGUUCGUUAUAACACACGAUUCAAGUGAUUAAUUUCCAACAUGAGAUUAAUAGAAUCUUUCACCUCCUUGGGGUGAGAUAGGAGAAUCUCAACCCGAGGGGGAAGACUCUUAAGUUG